AUGCCGCCGCCCCCGCUCCUGCGUUUGGCUGGUCUGCCCCCACUGCUGUCCCAAGCGGUGGACACGCUCCGCCCUCGCGUCAACGACGCGCCGGCCCAGGGUGAAUCGAGUCACGGGCCCGCUUGCCACGGUGUUCAUCACGACCCACGGGGGAAAUCAUUUGGGGAGAUCUGCACCUCGCGGUUGCCUCUGGCUCAUGGUACGUUUGAAUUCCCUCACCCCGGCGAGCAGUCUUAUUUUGCGGAUCAUGGGUACCAUCGGCUAUCGCCCCCGCCUCGCUUUGAUCUCCCUCUAUUCAAUGGGGCAAACCCUCGCGCUUGGCGGCUCAAAUGCGAGGCGUACUUCCGCGUGUGCACUCUCAACCCAGACACCUGGGUUAGUUGUGCUACUAUGUACUUCACUGAUGGUGCAUUGUCCUCGUUGAAGUCGUCACAGGCUCACUUGCACUAUCAGGAAUGGGGUGAUUUCGCAACAUCGAUUUGUUCCUAGUUUGGUAGGGAGGAAUUUUAAAAUUUGCUGCGACAGUUUAACCAGCUCAAGCAAUUGGGCACGAUUACUGAAUACGCAGAACAGUUCACGCAGAUGAUGCACAAUCUCCUAGCCCACCAUAGCUCUUGGGACCCUGCAUUUUUUGUUACACAAUUUAUGGAGCGUCCCCAAACUCUGGAUACCGUUGUGGAUUUGGAUUGUUUGCAGGAAGAGGUGGCUGAGGCCCUUCGACGCGACGACAAACCCACUUGGGGCGCAUCAUCUUCAUCCGGGUCAAGGGCGUUUCCUCGUGUGGCUUUCCCUCUGUCCCCGCCACCGCCACCCAAGACCAGUGGCAUCACGCCCACGCCUCGGCAAGAUGAUCGUCGUCCACCUUCUGAAGGUCCGCGCUCGGCGGCACCCGACGACAAGCUGGGGCCGUUGCGCGCAUACCUCCGUGCCAAGAGCUUGUGCUUCACUUGUGGCGAACGGUGGAUCUGCGACCACCGAUGUGCCCCCAUCGUCCAGCUUCACGUGGUGGAGGAGCUCAUCGAGAUGCUGCAUUCGCCUCCGUAG